UCAUUAUCUUUGUCCUUAAUUAAUGAGUGAUAAGUGUUAUCGCUAGUUAUAUAAUACAAGUACUAUUCUAAUCGCAUCUGCAAAAUAUGCAAAAGAGCACGGUGAAAUGCAGAAUAGGGCCUUCGAUACUGAACGCGGACCUUUCACAGUUGCACGCGGAGUCCAGACGAUUGCUUGACAAUGGAGCUGACUAUCUCCACUUGGAUGUUAUGGAUGGGCAUUUCGUUCCUAACCUGACUUUCGGCCACCCCCUAGUGAAAUGUUUACGAAAAAAUAUACCGAAUGCCUUUUUUGAAACACAUAUGAUGGUACAAGAUCCGCAAAAGUGGAUCGAACCGAUGGCUGAUGCGGGCGUUAGCCAGUACACAUUUCACAUAGAACCAGUGAUAAAAGAAGUGCUUCCAAUAUGUCGUAAAGUUCGAGAGGCAGGCAUGAAAGUGGGGCUGGCUUUAAAGCCUGGAACUGGCAUUGAAGCUGUAAGACAAUACAUUGAUCAUGCUGAUAUGAUUCUCAUCAUGACCGUCGAACCAGGCUUUGGGGGGCAAACAUUUAUGGCAGAUAUGAUGCCGAAAGUACAGUGGCUGCGGCACAAUUACCCCCUUCUCGACAUUGAAGUUGAUGGGGGCGUAGGCCUAAAUACAAUUACUGCAUGCGCUGAGGCUGGCGCCAACAUGAUUGUGGGCGGUACAGCAAUAAUAGGCGCCUGUGACCAGCGAUCGGUAAUAGCGAGUCUAAGGGAAACGGUCGAAAGCUCAAUUCAUAAAUGCAAUGUUUAAGUUUGCAAUGCAUAUGUGAUAAUACAUAUAACUAUGUAGGUAAAUAUGCUAAGGAAUGACAGAAUAGACGGCAGAAGUUCUGAUCGAAUUGCUUUACAAAGGAAGAUUCUUCGGAGGAAUAUCUAUCAGGUUUGAGUUCCAAGUCAUCUCAAUCUUUAUUUAACUAUUUUUGCAAACGCAGACUCUUUCCACUAUUGAAAGCUGCAUGUUCUGUCAAUCUAUUACUAAAUUCAUAGGAAAAUUGUUAACGGUUGUGUACUAAAAAUCCUAUCCAAAACUAAGUAAGUAAACUUGUUAACAAUCAUAUUGAACUAUAUACAAGUUAGAUGGAAUAGGUGUUGUCCUUCAAACUUUCUUUGUUCAAAAAUUGGGUUUUAACAUUAUUGUACAGGGUAGCCCAAAGUAAAUGGGUGUUUGUUAUUGUAUAACUUUGGGGAUGUGUGUGUACUAUUUUCGACAGAUGCGUCCCACUGUUCUAAAACCAAACUGUACAAAAGUUCAGCUUUUAUAUUAGUAUUUUUUCCAUAUUUACAAAGGUGGUUUUAGAUAGGUCGGUCACAGAACACUGCAGAUGCGCAGCCCAAACUUAGCUAUACGCUGUUUGGGUUCCCAUCCGCACUCUCUAAAUAUGUAUAUUCUAAUUGUAAUGGAAAAGGGGAAAUAGGUAAGCUAGGCAGAAUUUUCGUUGGUAUUCACUUUAGGUGUAAAAAGUAUAAUGUUUAAGAAUCUGUUCCUUAAGUUAAAUGGAGCUUGAUGCAGUUACAACCAUUCCUGUUAAGUUAAGACCUAACAUAGCAUGUUUUCGUACCAAAUCUAUAACAUUCGUCUUCUACAUUCUAUUUUUAUAUGUUGGCUUUUAGAUUUGUUAUACGGUUAAAUUUUAAUAAAUUUGCAAUAACGUUUAACCAUUGGGAAAA